AGUCCUCCUCCACCACCGCUCCGCACCAUGAAGCUCUCCAAGUUCGCCAAGCACGCGCUGACGUUCUCCGGUCCGUCGCCAAUCCAGCACCUGGAGCGUCUGUCCAAGGCGCUGGGCAACAAGGUGCAGCUCUACGCCAAGCGCGAGGACUGCAACUCGGGCCUGGCGUUCGGCGGCAACAAGACGCGCAAGCUCGAGUACAUCAUCCCGGAGGCCAUCGAGGGCGGCUACGACACGCUCGUGUCCAUCGGCGGCAUCCAGUCCAACCAGACGCGCCAGGUAGCCGCCGUGGCCGCGCACCUCGGCUUCAAGUGCGUGCUGGUGCAGGAGAACUGGGUCAACUACCCGCCCGAGGAGGCCCCGGUGUACGACAACGUGGGCAACAUCGAGCUGUCCCGCAUCCUGGGCGCCGACGUGCGUCGCGACGCCGCGGGCUUCGACAUCGGCAUCCGCCCGAGCUGGGAGGCCGCCAUGGAGAGCGUCAAGAAGGCCGGCGGCAAGCCGUACCCCAUUCCGGCGGGCUGCUCGGAGCACCCCAAGGGCGGCCUGGGCUUCGUGGACUUCGCCGAGGAGGUCCGUCAGCAGGAGAAGGAGCUCGGCUUCAAGUUCGACUACAUCGUCGUGUGCGCCGUGACGGGCAGCACCAUGGCCGGCAUGGUGGUGGGCUUCGCUGCGGACGGACGGGCCAACAAGGUCAUCGGCAUCGACGCGUCGGCCACGCCCGAGAAGACCCGCGAGCAGGUGCUGCGCAUCGCCAAGAACACGGCCGAGCUGGUGGAGCUCGGCCGCGACAUCACGUCGGACGACGUCGUGCUGGACACGCGCUUCGGCGGGCCCGAGUACGGCCUGCCCAACCAGGGCACGCUGGACGCCAUCCGGCUAUGCGCGCGCACCGAGGGCAUGCUCACGGACCCCGUGUACGAGGGCAAGUCCAUGGACGGCAUGAUCUCCAUGGUGCGCAACGGCGAGUUCCCCGAAGGAUCCAAUGUACUCUACGCCCACCUCGGCGGCGCGCCGGCGCUCAGCGCGUACAGCUACCUCUUCAAGGAGGGCUAA